GUUUUCUCAAUGGCUUCUACCAAACAAAAACAAUGGCCACCCCGUCCCUCAUCCAAUAAAAAUAAUGUUCCCCAGUUAAAUGUUCUUCCAGUCAAUAUGAAAAAAGGAAAAGCGAAUAUUGAAGAUCAAAUUCUGAUCAAUCGCAAACAGCAGAGCAAUAAGCAUUCUCUAGUUAUUUUUGAUAAAGAUGGCACAUUAAUCUGUUUCCAGUCCAUGUGGGUUCCUUGGACGAAAGAAACAGUUAAAAAUCUAUGUGAAGCUUCGAAAUUAGAGAUUGCGGAUGAGGUUUAUUCAUUGCUUGGUUAUUGUCCCAUUCAAGAACGUGUGAGAAGCGGGCUUCUAGCUCAUGGAACAAUGCAACAAAUUAGGGAAAGAAUUAAGGCAUUGUUGAUUGAAUGUGGAAUGGAAGAGGAAGAAGCAUUCGAGAUGGUCAGCGAUUCUGUUACUGACUGCAACACAAGUUGUCCUAAAACCCUUAAACAAAUCCAUGAUUUGAGUGCAUUAUUCUCCGGACUUAAGGAAUUGGGAUUGAAAAUUGCAAUUUGUACUGCUGAUAGCCGUAUUGGAACCGAAACAUCAUUGAAAAGUUUGUGUUUGGAACGUUUUGUUGAUUUUGUUAUGUGUGGGGAUGACGCUGGUUCAAAACCGAAACCGAAUCCCCAUAAUGCCUUACAUAUAUGUCGUGAAUUGGGUGUUGAUCCAAAGGAAGCCUUAAUGGUGGGAGACACCGCAGCAGAUAUGGGCAUGGGCCGGCAGGCGAAUGUUGGUACAACAGUGGGUGUUCUUUCAGGCGUUGGAGAUGUUAGCGAGCUUAGUCCGAACGCCGACCAUAUUCUACCAAAUGUCGGCUGUCUUUUACCUGUUUUACUUGGAGAACAGACUGAAGUUAUGCAGAGCUAG